UCAUCAGGAAAACUUAUUUUGUGUUUAAAAUUUUCUCAAGAUCCAGCAAAAUGCAUUACAAAACACCAAUUUUUAUCAUCGUAUCAGUCCUUUUAAUAACAACAAUCCCAGAAUCUGCAGCUCAACAACAAGGAUUAUUCUUACGAACAAUAUUAGAUACGAUCAGGAACAUGAAUUUAGAAACCAUGAUCAAAUUUAUGUCCGCACCAUUUUUGAGAUCCUUCAUGAAAUUCGCUCAAGAAGGUGAACGAGAAUUAAAUGAAGAACCUCCAGAUGAGCCAUUUUUAUUACCCGAAUACGAUUUUAUUAUUGUGGGUGCUGGAACUGCAGGAUGUGCUUUGGCAAAUCGUUUAACCGAAAACCCCGCUUGGACUGUGUUAUUAAUUGAAGCAGGACGACAAGAAAAUUAUAUGAUGGAUAUACCAAUUAUGGCCAAUUAUUGGCAACUUAUUGAAACGGAUUGGAAAUACAAAACUCAACCGGAUAAAAAAGCGUGUUUAGGUCACACGAACGGUCAAUGUAACUGGCCACGUGGGAAAGUUAUGGGUGGAUCAAGUGUAUUAAAUUAUAUGAUAUAUACUCGAGGUAAUCGUCGUGAUUACGAUGGUUGGGCUCAAUUGGGUAACGACGGUUGGUCAUAUGAAGAAGUAUUGCCGUAUUUUAAAAAAUUGGAAGAUUUCACAGUGAAUGAACAAUUUGAUCCUCGCUACCAUAAUCGAGGUGGACCUUUAUCAGUCGGGUACUCUCCAUAUCAUACGAAAAUUGCUGAAGCAUUCGUGGAAGCUGCUCAAACAUUAGGAUACCCAUAUGUGGAUUACGAUGGACCUACUCAAGUUGGGGUAUCAUAUUUACAUACAUCAAUCCAAAAUGGCACACGACACAGUUCGAGUCGUGCGUAUUUACACGAUAAACGACGUUCAAAUUUGCAUGUAGCAAAACUUACACAAGUCACAAAAAUAAUAAUUGAUGAAAAUAAUCGGGCACGCGGUGUAAGCAUGUUACGUGGAAACAUUGCUAAACGAGCUUUAGCUCGAAGGGAAGUGAUCGUUAGCGCAGGUGCAAUCAAUUCUCCACAACUUUUAAUGUUAUCUGGAAUAGGACCACGUAAACAUUUGGAAAGUUUAGGUAUCCCAGUUCGUAGUGACUUAAAAGUGGGACACAAUUUACAGGAUCAUUGGGCUUUAGGUGGACUCACAUUUUUAAUAAAUCAAUCAGUUUCCCUAGUAACUGAACGUAUUGUUAGUAAUGCCGAUUACUUACAACAAUAUUUUGAAGAUCAUUCAGGUCCAUUAUCCGUUGCAGGUGGAUGUGAAGCAUUAAUAUUUGACGAUUUAAAACGUCCUGGAGAUCCCGAUGGACAUCCAAAUUUGGAAAUUCUCGUUCAAGGUGGCUCAAUUAUCUCAAAUCCUUUACUACGUAAAGAUUUUGGUAUUUCUGAUUACAUUUAUAACUCCGUUUAUAAACCUAUCGAAAAAUUUGAUUCAUGGAUGGCAUUCCCUAUGAUUAUGUUACCGAAAAGUCGAGGACGAAUUAUGUUAGCUAAUAAGAAUCCAUUAUCUAAACCAUUAAUCUACCCAAAUUAUUAUGGCGAUCUCGAAGAUUUAGAAGUAACAGUUGAAGGAGCGAAAAAAAUUAUUGCAUUAAGUAAAACACCAGCUUUUCAAAAAUAUGGCAGUCGAAUUAAUCCAAUUCCAUUACCGCCAUGUAAACACUUAAAAUUCUUAUCCGAUGAUUAUUUACGGUGUCAUGCGCGACAAUUAACUUUUACAAUUUACCAUCACGUCGGCACUUGUAAAAUGGGACCAGAUAGUGAUCCAGAUGCGGUUGUUAAUUCUAGAUUACAAGUGCGUGGUAUCCAAGGGUUACGCGUAAUUGAUGCAAGUAUUAUGCCGGUAAUACCCGCAGCGCAUACAAAUUCACCCACAUAUAUGAUCGCUGAGAAAGGUGCAGAUUUAAUCAAAAAACAUUGGGGUUUUAUCCAAUGAAAAAAAUAGUUUAAUUUUAAAACACUAUUUAAAUUAAUUUAUUUUAAUUUUAUUCUAAAUUAAAAUGGCAAGGAAACGAACCAUUUUAGAAAAGGUGAUAAAAGCAUGAAACGCUAAAUAUCUCUUUUAAUUUAUAUAGUUUUUCUUUUGUAAAAAAAAA